AUGCGGUACGAAGACUGGGACGUGAUUCUCUUCCCCGAAUCGUCCAAGGUGCCCAUUCAGGAAUUCAAGACCCAAUGUUUCGUCACCAAGGAUAAGGAUUCACCCUACUUGCAUAGUCCCGGUCUUGUCAGUCCGGCUACUUGUCCUCUGCCACAGAGCAAUGAGGGCCAGUUGCCAGUUCUCACUACUUUCGUCCCAAGUUUGCGUCACAACACCCCAUUCCGUGUGUCCGUUCAUAGCUGGCAGAAGCCCACACCCAGUCGGUUGAUGGAAAGCCUCUUGCAGCCAGAUGAUGCAGUGCUUUUCGAGGUGCGGGUCUUUAUUGAUGGCCUGUGUGUCUCGGGUAGCGUUUUCCAUCAGAGAUCAGGGUGGCCUCAUGUUAUUGACCUAAGUUCGUACGUCGAUAAGACUGGCAAUCAGGAUAGCCUCCGUUUCCCUCCGUUUCACCAGGAAAUUUUAGAGCAGAGACAUUGGGAUGCAGCUGAGCUAUACGGUAGGAUUAGAGUUGUGAUUGCUGAGGGCUUUUGUCGCCCACACCGCUAUCCACCAUUCGAGAGAGUCAAAGAGAUCGUCGCGUUUGCCUUCCAGCAUGCUCCACUGCAGGUCCUGGAGCAUUCAAACAUCGCCUGGCCGAACCCUUCGAUGUGGACACGGGAGCCACGACUUUUCAAGUACAACUCGGGCAUCGAUCCUGCUAAUUUGACAGCAGAAGACUCACACGCCCACUCUCCCAGUAAGCAAGGUGCUCAGGGUCGGAUGUUGGCCCCGAGAAGCCAAGUAAGCAGCCAUUCAGGCAAUUCCUGGGCAUAUCGAAACUAUCAAAGAUCAAUUCAGAUGCCUCUACCCCAGUGGCAAGGACAAUGCAUGCCAGAUCCCUUCACUGACCCUGUUAUCCGACAUCGAGGUGCACGAUCAUCUUGCGAGGAUGUUCCCAUGCCUGAUUAUAUCUCUAGCUCUGGAAGUAGUCGCGCCAUCUCCAGCAUGACGGGCAUUAGCUACGAGCAUAGCAAACAUCCCAGCAUAGUAACCCCCGUCGAUGAGGAGUCAUACCGGCAGCUGAUUGAAGCAUUGAGUCCGCCAAAGCCACUGGCCCUGUUCGGCAUUGCUGCACCCACCAAUAGCCCCUCUACUGCUUUACCCAUGGGAAAUAAGCUUUCUGCAGCUGCUGAAGCGCGUUCUGCACCCUACACCAAAGGCAGCAGCCGGACGUCGAUCUUGAAGGAGAUCUCAUUGCCGGGAACCAGAGAAGCGUCUGGGUCCAGCACUAAAUCCACCGCUGCUUCGGAGGCAACGGCUGAGGGAGCGGCAACUACCAAGAUUCAUGCUACCCCUAGCCCACGCGUCAAAAGCCGCAAGGAGGGCAUGUCCCAGGCCAAGGUCAAUGAAUCAUUGGGGGGGUCGCCACUCAAAGUGAACGAGAAACCCCGCGAAAGCCCCUCCAAGCUGGUGGUGCGUACCAGCGGAGGUGUGGAAAGCCCAACUCGGUCCAGCCGCAAGUCAUCUACAGGUUCUGCCCGUGCAGAGGUCUCUCCCAUUUCCUAG